AGAAAGAAGAUAAAUUGUAAUAAUCGCGAAUACUUUCUGUUAUGUGACACCGACCGACAUCUUGUGAAGUGAAUCAUUUUCAGUGGAGAUGGCGGAUGUCAUGAAUUCCUUCCGCUUGGUCAUCAACAAGCUCGACGUGAGCUUGGUCGAGAAAUUGGUCGGCAACAUGGACCGCCUUAGUUCCCCGAUGGGCGCUAAAAGUUUCGAAGAAAUCGAUUUGGGACACACCAAAGAAGAAACGCGUGAGAAACCCGAGCCAACCGACACCAUGAUGGAAGUAGAUCAGGACUCGUUUGACGAAUCGGAUCCCGAGAAAAAGGAUGCUACCAUAGAAGACAUCAUGAGUGAGGUGCAUAGAGCUCUGGAAGAUCUCACGUCUACUCAAGAAUACUUGAAAACUCUGAACAUCCUUGACGAGUUUAUGAGAGUGGGGAAAUGUCAGUCGGGACAUUGCACGGCGAUUCCUUUGUGUCGGGAAUGCGUGAAUGAAACUUACUCCAGCCAGCAAAAGAAAGACGUGUGUCGAUUCCGGAAUUUUCGCGUGAUUUCACGCGGCAAUUUCACGGGCUUUCUCAGCCCUUUCACCGACGUAAUCGAAAAGGAUCUUGAGGUUUGGCUCCCGGUCAAGAGCGAAUUCACGCGUGAAACUUCAGUGGAAACGGCGAAAUACAUUCUGAGCCAAUGCGGAGACACCUUUUGCAGUGUGGUGAAGAAAGAGUUGGAGGUCUUUGAUUGCUACAAAAGGGUCAAAGGCAGUGAUGCGACGGUGUUCAAGCGAAUGACGGAGUCCAUGCGUGAAUUGUGCGAUUGUUGCGCCACGGCUGUGUUCAAUUACCACUUUGCCUGUUCCGAGUGUGGGUUUGCCGUGUGCCUCAACUGCUGGAUGGAGGCGUUGACGGAUGCUCGCACUUUGCCGAAACCCUGGGUUCCUUGCGGGGAUCUUGGGCCGCAUGAGCCUGGGGGGUUGCUGAUCGUGCAGAACAUCCCCGCGAGGAUUCUAGAAGAUAUGAAUCUUGUGAUGCAUCUGAUUAGGAGAGUCUGGGGCAUUGAUGCCAACUGUGGUUGUGACCUGCAGCAGAGGUUUGCGAGUCACAAAGACGUGGGUUAUUUGAGAAACGAAGAGCCACAAGCUGCGAAUCAGGAGAUUUUGAGGAGUCUCGGGAUUUACCACGCUGCCAAAGUUCUUUCUCAGCCCCCCGAAGCCUCCAAACAGUCUCGAAAACACCGAACAUGGGUUUUGGAGAACGAAAGACACCUGGACCCGGGUUGCACUCUUUUGUGUGGUGGAGACAUGGUGUCUUUGCCCUGUGAAAUGGAGGACAAGGCGAAGAAGAUGCGACUGUUUCAAGAAGAGUGGCAACGAGGUCAACCCGUCAUGGUGACAGGGGUGCUCAAGUUCAUGAAAGAGGAUAUGUGGACACCGCAUUCCUUCAACAAGGAAUUUGGGACUCAGCACGUGGAUCUGAUCAAUUCCAUCACUGGGGACGUGUGGAAUAAUCAAUUCAUGAAUGUAUUUUGGGAUGGCUUCAUGGACUAUCGAAAGAGACCGGUGGACUCUGCCAACAAGCCGAUGCAACUGAAGCUGAAAGACUGGCCGCCUGGAGAAGACUUCAAGUCGGCUUUACCAGCGUGGUACGACGACGUGAUGGCGGCUUUCCCGUUAGGCGACUACACAAAUCGAGUCGGGAAACUCAACAUGGCGCAUUACUUGCCAAACCUGUUCCUUCCACCGGAUUUGGGGCCUAAAAUGUACGUGGCUUACGGCAGUGCUUUGUUGCCUACUAUUAGCUCUACGAAUCUGCAUCUGGACGUGUCUGAUGCCGCGAAUGUGAUGGUUUAUGUCGGGGCUUGCAGCGACGAAGACAGUGAUUUACUGCGAGCGAAUGAUGCUGCAAUUCGAGCCGUGUGCGACCCAACGAUCCUGCACGACAUUCAGAAAGCCGGUCGUCGCCCCGGCGCCCUGUGGCACAUCUACGAGGCCAGGGACGCCGAAAAGAUCCGCGACAUGCUCCGGAAAGACAUGGCUAGUCGCAACGUGAAAGACGCCAUGACCUGCGAUCCUAUCCACGACCAGAGCACUUACAUGGACCACGAAAUGCGUCGGAGAUUGCGUGAGGAGUACGGAGUCAAGGGCUAUGCGUUUGUGCAGUGCCUCGGGGACGCCGUUUUUAUCCCUGCCGGGGCGCCGCAUCAGGUCCGCAAUUUGAUGAACUGCGUCAAAGUGGCUGAGGACUUUGUGUCGCCGGAGACUCUGUUUCAGUGCCUUGAUCUCAUGAGAGACUUUCGGCGACUCACCGGGGAUCACAGUUCGCACGAAGACAAGAUUCAAGUCAAGAAUAUGUUGUAUCAUGCUGUGAAAUGUUCGAUUUAUGCAUACUGGAAAUCGCUGUCGUGAGAAAGCCAUGUGAAUGUAUGUGUGUGUGUGUCGAAUGGGGAAAACACGUUGGAACAUCAUUUGUACUUUUUUGAAGAAUUUUUUUAGGCGUCGGAAAAAAAAACUUGACGUGUUCGUAAAAACGUAGAAACGUCCUCUCGAUGAACAGUAUUAUCGGUUCUGACAUUUAUUUGAAAACCUCAAUUAUUUUUUCAUCGGAGGCACGUGGUAAUAUCUUAUUUUCAGCAUGGAAAAAUAAUUUUUCCGAGAUAUUCCUGUUGAAAUAAUUUAUUUUGUCGAGACAACUCCACGCAGCAGGUGAAGUGUUCCGGAAGAAUUUACCGUCUCUCAGCAGUUGUUCAUCUACGCAUCAGCUUCUCAUUUUUAAUUCUUCCUAUUAAGUUGUUUUAGGAAGUUGGCAGUGUUUCAAUUUCAGCGUGAAGAAUAAUUAUUUGAGGUAUUGCUUUUUCUUCAAAUUUUUUGUGACUGAAGGAUUGCUUAUACUGUAUUACCAGGAGAAAUUCUCAGUUUAUCAGCUCUUCGUGCAGCAGUCAUGCAAUUCUUGAGAAAUACUUGGUCAUUUUUUUCUUGAUAGGACCUGGCCAGAUCUCGUUUUCAACUUGAAUGAACAAGAAUGUUCCGAAAUCGUAUCUCUGUAGAUUCUAAUUUUGUCUGAAUGGCUCUUGGACAAACAGUUCAACUGUUGGUAUUACCGGAAGAGUUUCUUGGCACUCAUUCACUCAUCAGUAAGCCACUGUAUUCAAAAGUGUAUCUUCAUCUCCAUUAAAUUUUGACUGAAGAAACAUUAUGAAAAUUUAUUUUAGCGUGAGAAGAGAAUAAUUAUUUUAUAUCUUAUUGUUGCAUUAUUUUGCCGAGAGGACUUGAAGGAUCAGUGAAACUAUUCGAAUUUCUUGAAGAAUGGUCGGGUUUAUCAGAACUUUUUUCUUCGCGGAUGGCACAUUUUCGGAAGGAUUUUUUUUUUUAGUUUAGUCCACGUUACCCUAAUUGGUAAGCGUUAUUCGCAAUCUCCUUGCUUUUGUCAGAAUUUAUUUUCGGUGGAAUGAAAUCGCGGUUCUUAUUU